CCACGUCCGGAUUUCGCUGCUGGUUUUGGGUCUGCGGCUCUGAAGCGGAAGUGACGCCGCUUGUUUCGGUUUCGUCCAACUUUGAAGCAAGUUUAUCGUCAGAAGCGGAUCCAUGAAUGAAGGAGAAUAAAAAUGACUAUGGAUUUCAGAGUCCAAGCCACUGUGGAUGUGAACCGUUUCCAGGACAGGGAGAAGGUUCUGGAGUUUCUCCAGUCACAUGACUUCCAGUUGACGGAUCUGAAACAAGGUCGGUUUCGAGUUGAUGGUUCUUUUCAGCACCUCAAAGCUGUAAAGGUCCGUUUGGAGCAGCUUCUGGAGUCGACGCCGCCUUCUUCCUCUGACCCUCCAACAGUUUCACAAUACUACAGUAGAAACGAAGGCAGUGGAAGACCUCCAGAUUCCUCGCAUGCCUCAAGCUCUUUACGAAGAGGUCCGGCCUCUCAGGAGGACCGGUUCUCUGGUCCAGAGCGGGAUACGAUUACGAUAGAUACUGACGUGUUCAGGUACGCCAGGAAAUUCAGGAAACAGGAGCUUGACAGCCUCCUGGACGAUGUGCAAGACCGCAUAGAGAUAAAAAAGGAAAACACCACCAUCGUUUGUCAAGUCGGGAGCUCCAGGACGGCCGUCAAUAAACUGCAGAACUUCCUGAAUGAUCUGCAGAGGUCCCUUCGCACUCAGGAAGUCCCACUGAGGGACCUCAGCUCCAAAGGAAAAGAACUUUUAUCAAAAAUCAAGAAAAACAACAACACUUUGGCUUCGGUUCUGGUCUGCGAGAUGAACGACAGGCUCCACCUCAUCGGCCCGUCCAAGGAGAGCUAUGAGUUGAAACAGAGCCUUCAGGGGGAGCCGGUCGACCAAUCAGACGGCAGAGGAAGGACGGGGGGCCGUAUUAACAGAGGGAGGAGCAGCUCCACGCCGGCCAGAUAUCAGAAGAGCACGGAGAGAGAAGCAGCUAACGGUCCAUCUGCAGGUUCCUUCCAUCCAAAGGAUGAUGGACUGGAUGCUGCAGGAGCUGCUGGUUGGAGCGCGCCUCAUAGAGGACGAAGUCACUCAGAACCCCGCGAUAAGAAACAAGAAGAAAAGCUCAGAAAUGAAGAGAGCAGAGUGGAUUCUGCAGAAACCCGAAAGAAAAAGGGUUUAAUUAAUUAUUGUAGAAAAAAGCUGAAUAAGUUAUUUAAAGGAAAAGAAAGGAAGCAAAAUGAUAAAUAAAAAAAAUAAUGCACUAAAAU